CAAUUUAUAUGAUAUACAGUAUAUGGCAUCUCAAUACUUCGCGAUAAAAUGAUAGGGCACCCAUAGAUUUUUGUUGUUUGAAAUCUAGUGCAACAUUUCAUCUAUACAAACAUUUCAUAUGCAAUAAUACAAAGGAUAUCCUUUCUUUAGUAACUUACAAAAAAGCCAGCUGCUAUUUACCCUCUCUUCUUUCAAGUUUAUUGGUUAAUAUAAAAAAUAUAAUAAGACAGAUUAAAUAAUUCUCGUAUGAAAAAUUUAAUAUAUUACACUAAUCUUACAUAUUCAUCUAUAACUAAUAAUUUGUCUAUUUUCCUUUUUAAUGAUCUCUAACAACGUUUAAGUAAAAAUUUAGAUAAAGGUUUUAUAAAUUUUUUGAAUAUUAUUUUCUAUUCUUACUCUACCACCGUCUUCAAUUUAUUUUCUGAUUUAAAUUGUUUUUCAUGUUUGUGUACAUUUUAUAAUAAUUCUACCCAAGUAUUCUUUAUUAUAUUUAGAUCUAGAGAUCUUUAUAACUAUUGUAAAACAUUUAUAUUAUUUUUUGUAAAAUAGUCUUUAACAAUUCUUUGGACAGAUAGAUUGUCCUAUUGAAAAAUGAAAAGCAAUAUAGACAGAAUGCUUUUCAAUUUCUUGUAUAAGUUUUAUGUAAAUGGCACUAUACAUUUUUUUUAUUGAUAAAUCUUAUAUUAAUAUUAUCACGAUAUCCAAUUGCUACUUAUAACAUAAUGCUUUCUUACCUGCAUUUCGCUUUAUUUUAAAUUAAAAAAUUCUCUUUUUCUUAGAUUAUGAAAGUAGUAAGACUAGCCAUUCACCCCAUCUAAAUAAAAUUUCUUUUCAUCAGUGAAGAUGAUAUUUCGCAACUUUUUCCUACAGCUAAUGUGCUCACAAACGAACUUCGUUCUAUCCUCUACAUGAUGUGAUUUUAACGGCGGCUUUCUUUUCAACUUUUUCCUUUGAAUGUGUUUAGAUUUAUUCAGUAUUCGUUGUACGUUUCUUAUAUUAGUGUUUACACCUGCUUUUCUGCAAUUUCUCGUGACGUUAGUCAUUGAAUUGGAUGCAAUUCUUAGAAUGACAUGGGUUUCUCGAGCAGUAAGAGCAUGCGGUCUUCCUGUAUUCUUCAAUUUUCCUUAUUAACUAUUAAUCGAAAUGACAUCAAAACCUGAAAUUACUUUGGAGCACUUUUAUAUCUUCAAUGGAACAUAUGCAAAAAAAGAAGGCGAAGAGGAGAAAAAGAUACUUUAUUAUUACCCAGAGAAAGAAUUAGAUGUACAAAUUAAAAAUAUAGGUCUUAGCGAAGCAAUUAUAAAAUUCACAGAAUCUUUCAAUCCUGGACAACCUUGUGAUUAUUGUCAUACACAUAAAACCCGUCAAAUUUACUAUCAACCAGAACCAGAUUUUUGGAUGGUAAUGAUUGUUGGUAUACCAUACAUCUGUAGAGAAAAGGAUGGUAACAAGUAUAUGGAAUAUCAAAAUGAUGAAGUCUCCAGUAGUGUUUGUCAAGCUAUAUUAAAACAAACCUAUAUUAUGUUUCGAUUAUUUAUGGGUUCUUUUGAAACAAUAAUCAAUGAUCCUGAUUGUGGUUCUAUAACUCUAUUAAAACAUAAACUUGAGCAUUUCUUUUCAAGAUACCUGCUAUCACUAAAAUUAAAUAACAGUGAUAUUUUGGAUGUUUUUCAAGGUUUACAAUUUUUACCUCUUGACAAAAUCACAUUUUUACAAGUGCAAUGCUUUAUGAAUCUUGUAGAAGCAAUGUUUUCUCAAGUAAAAUAUACAGCAUUCCUUUACAAUGAUCAGGUUGUAUGGAGUGGAUUAGAACCAGAAGAUAUGCAAGUAGUAUAUAAUUAUUUAGUAAGCACAUUAUUACCAGCUCAUCUUGAAAAAGAAUUACAUGGAGGAUCAAUGCCUCGAAAUUCUCCAUCGCCAUUUACAAGUUCUCAUUAUGGAAAGUUUAUUAUUGGACCUUCCAGUAUCAAUGAACCAAGUUUAGUAGGAAAAUCUCCCACAGUUUUCAUUAAUUAUUCAACCAAACCUGUGUCUUUAUAUUUAGUUGUGUAUCGUGCAUUGAGUGCUACAAUAUGUCUCUUUGUUGACAGUAAAACCAAUUUGCUAAUAGACUUUUUUAAGAGUUUAGAUAGUUUUCUUGGCCCACAAUUAACUACAUUAGUUAGUUGUGUAGCUGAACAAUGUGCAAAACAUGUAAUAGUAACACCAGAAUCAUCUACAAAAUAUUUAUAUUUUAAUAAACUUAAUCUUGCUUACAAAAGUACAAUACAUUUAGACAAUAGAAGAUGUUCUAAUGUAUUAACUACUCCUGAAGUAUUAAGGAUCAUUACUGAUAUAUAUAAUGAUACAAAUAGGUUAAAGGAAGCUGGUGAGAUCAUUAUUAAAACUAUAAGUGAUUAUUGGGUUAUUGGAAAAUUAUCAAAUUUGAGAGAAUUUUUUGUUGUAAUACAGCAAAAGAGUGCCAGUAUUCUAGAGAUUGAUGAUGAAGUAAAAAGACUUUGUGACAAACAGUUAAAAAGUAUAUUUUUCCACUGAAUAAAUCUCGAAUGUCCAAAAAAUUUAGAAAAUGUAUAUACAUUUCAACAAAUAUUAAUUUUUAUUUGUAGCUGUAAAAAACAAAGAUACUUUUAACUAUGUAUCAAUAGAAUAUUAUUUGCAAACUGAUCUUUUAAUUGCAAUUCUACAAACAAGUUGUAUAAUUUAUUUCUUCAAUGUUAUGUAAAAUAUAUAUAAUGUAUCCAUAUAUAUAUUUAAAUGUAUCUAUUUUCUUAAGGCACGAUAUAAACAUUAUAAAAUCAUUUUACAUUUUUAUUGUUUCCUUUAUUUGUUCUUGUUUAGGAAUAAUAUUGGAAAACUUUUUAAGUUUUGCUACAAAAAAUCCAUCCAUAUUGUGUGCAUGUGGAUAAAACCGUUUAGACAAUUUAAGAGAAGGAUGAAACCUAUAUUGUCUAUAAUUUGUAAAACCAUCUGCACCAAAUUCUAAACCAGUAGGUACUAAUUUGACAUCACGUUUCUUCAAAGCAUAAUCAACAAUCCACUCAUUUUCUUCUGGAAGAACUGAACAUGUUGAAUAAACUAUAAUACCACCUGA